GCUUUACACCAGGAGCGCUGGAAUGGGAAAAGCCGCAUUCGCGUUAUUAAUCUCCAACAAGCUGAAAAAUCACAAGAAAACGCUUUGCUCUGCUUUUGGCUUUGCUGACAGAUUUCCAGCUUGGAUUUGCUGAGCGCAGAGAGGUGCCAUGUCCAAGUCGGCGGCGGGUGCUGCCAACGAUGUCACGCGCUUCCUCUCCAUGGAGGCGGGACCGAGCUCACCCACCUCAGUGUUCUCCGCCUCCAGUCAGGCUGACUGGGCGGCCAAGAGGCUCGUCUGGGUUCCUUCUGAGAAGCAUGGGUUUGAGUCUGCAAGCGUGCGUGAGGAGCGAGGCGACGAGGUGGAGGUGGAGCUCACAGACAGCGGGCGGAAGCUGACGUUACUGCGGGAGGAGCUUCAGCGAAUGAACCCUCCACGUUUCAGUAAAGUGGAGGACAUGGCUGACCUCACCUGUCUUAACGAAGCUUCUGUCUUGCACAACCUGAGGGAGCGUUACUUUUCAGGGCUCAUAUACACGUACUCAGGCCUCUUUUGUGUGGUCAUAAACCCGUACAAGAAUCUGCCCGUCUACACAGAGUCCAUUGUAGAGAUGUAUCGUGGAAAGAAACGUCACGAGAUGCCACCACACAUCUAUGCUAUAUCAGAGGCAGCCUACCGUAGCAUGCUGCAAGACAGAGAGGAUCAGUCUAUCCUUUGCACAGGGGAGUCUGGAGCUGGAAAGACCGAAAACACCAAGAAAGUGAUUCAGUACCUGGCACACGUGGCUUCGUCUCACAAAAGUGGCACUCUGGGCCGUAACAAAGACAUCGCCCUACAGAUGGACGGCACUCGUUCUUUGGGCCGUGGUAGUAGUUCUAUAAACAGGAGUGUGCAGUAUGGGGAGCUAGAGAGACAACUACUGCAAGCCAACCCCAUCCUGGAAGCAUUUGGAAAUGCCAAGACUGUCAAAAAUGACAAUUCUUCCAGAUUUGGUAAAUUUAUCCGGAUUAAUUUUGAUGUGGCCGGAUACAUAGUUGGUGCCAACAUUGAGACCUAUCUUUUGGAGAAGUCUCGAGCGAUCCGACAGGCCAAAGAUGAAAGAACCUUCCACAUAUUCUACCAGUUACUGUGUGGAGCCUCUGAGGCCAUGAAAACUGAGCUGCUCCUGGACAGCGCUGAUCAGUAUCGCUUCCUGUGUGCGGGAUCAGUUCCUAUUCCAGGUCAGAGUGAAUCUGAGAACUUCACCCAGACCAUGGACUCCAUGAGCAUCAUGGGUUUCACACCAGAGGAGUGCACAUCCAUGUUAAAGGUAAUCUCUUCAGUGCUGCAGUUCGGAAACAUCUCGUUUCAGAAAGAGAAAAACACAGACCAAGCGUCCAUGCCCGACGACACAGCCGCACAGAAGCUCUCCCACCUGCUGGGCAUCAGUGUGCUGGAGUUCAGUCGAGCCAUCCUCACCCCUCGCAUCAAAGUGGGCCGCGAGUACGUGCAGAAGGCUCAGACCAAGGAGCAGGCAGACUUUGCGAUCGAGGCUCUGGCGAAGGCCACCUACGAGCGGCUGUUCCGCUGGCUGGUGCACCGCAUUAACCGAGCACUGGACCGGCGACAGAGACAAGGAGCAUCGUUCAUAGGCAUCCUGGACAUCGCUGGCUUUGAGAUUUUUCAGCUGAACUCAUUUGAGCAGCUGUGUAUAAACUACACCAACGAAAAGCUGCAGCAGCUGUUCAACCACACUAUGUUUAUACUGGAGCAAGAGGAGUACCAGCGCGAGGGGAUCGAGUGGAAUUUCAUCGACUUUGGUCUCGACCUGCAGCCGUGCAUCGACCUGAUAGAAAGACCGGCCAAUCCUCCUGGUGUGCUGGCUCUGCUGGACGAAGAGUGCUGGUUUCCAAGAGCGACAGAUCGGUCGUUUGUCGAAAAGCUGUCGGCCGAACAAGGUUCCCAUCCCAAGUUCUUCAGACCGCGGCAACUCCGUGAAGAAGCUGAUUUCUCUAUCAUACACUACGCUGGCAAGGUGGAUUAUAAGGCAGAUGAGUGGUUGGUGAAGAACAUGGAUCCUCUGAAUGAUAAUGUUGCCUCUCUUCUACACCAGUCGUCUGAUCACUUUAUUUCAGAGCUGUGGAGAGAGGAUAUUCAGACACUCCCUCGUGUCUACUUUUUUGACUCAUAUGCUACCAUGCAGACCAAUGGCUCUGACAGCAUGGACAGGAUUGUGGGAUUGGACCAAGUUUCAGAAAGCACUGGGCCGGUAACAUUCGGAGCCGCUGGGCUGAAGACUAAGAAGGGAAUGUUCCGGACAGUUGGACAGCUGUACAAAGAGUCUCUGACCAAACUGAUGGCCACACUGCGGAACACCAACCCCAACUUCCUGCGCUGCAUCAUUCCCAACCAUGAGAAGAGGGCAGGGAAGUUGAAUCCUCAUCUAGUCUUGGAUCAGCUGAGGUGUAACGGAGUGCUGGAGGGCAUCAGAAUCUGUAGACAGGGCUUCCCGAACCGCAUCCCGUUCCAGGAGUUUAGACAAAGGUAUGAGAUUCUGACUCCGAACGCCAUACCCCGCACCUUUAUGGACGGCAAGCAGGCUUCAGAACUAAUGAUCCGUGCUCUGGAACUGGAUGGGAAUCUUUUCCGAGUGGGGCAGAGUAAAGUGUUUUUUCGAGCUGGGGUGCUGGCACAUCUGGAGGAAGAACGAGACCUGAAGAUUACUGACACCAUCAUCCGCUUUCAAAGCGCCGCCCGUGGAUAUCUGUCCAGAAGGGCGUUCCAGAAGAAGCAGCAGCAACUAAGUGCCCUGCGGGUGAUGCAAAGAAACUGCGCCGCCUACCUGAAGCUGCGCAACUGGCAGUGGUGGAGACUGUUUACCAAGGUUAAGCCGCUGCUGCAGGUGACUCGCCAAGACGAGGAAAUUCAGGCCCGAGAGGCUCAGCUUCUAAAAGCCAAAGAUACCCUUGUAAAAGUGGAGCAUGAUUAUUCUGAACUUGAGAGAAAACACCAGCAGCUGCUGGAGGAAAAGGCCGUGCUCACUGACCAGCUCCAGGCCGAGGCUGAGUUAUUUGCAGAGGCAGAGGAGAUGAGAGCCCGACUGGCCAACCGUAAGCAGGAGCUUGAGGAAGUCUUGGGGGAGCUCGAGGGCCGACUGGAGGAAGAGGAAGAAAGGGGCGUUCAACUAGCCAGUGAAAAGAAGCGACAGCAGCAGCAUAUACAGGAUUUGGAGGAGCAGUUGGAGGAGGAGGAGGGGGCGAGGCAGCGACUCUUGUUAGAAAAAGUUACUCUAGAAACCAAAGUUAAGAGUCUAGAAGCUGAGAGCAUGACUGCAGGAGAGCAGAGAGACAGACUGAGCAAGGAAAAAAGGCAGCUGGAGGAGAGGCUGAAUGAGGUGGCAGAUCAUCUAACUGAGGAAGAAGAGAAGGUGAAGAGUCUUAACAAGCUCAAGAACAAGCAGGAAGCUGUAAUUGCUGAUCUGGAAGAGCGUCUGAAGCGAGAGGAGCAGGUGCGUCUAGAGCAGGAGAAAUGGAAACGGCGCAUGGAGGGCGAGGCAGCGGAGGCCCAGGAGCAGCUCUCAGAAAUGGGCCUGCUAGUUACAGAGCUCCGGAGCAGCCUGGCUAACAGGGAGAAAGAGAUAACCACCCUACAGACACGCCUGGAGGAGGAGAGCUCUCGGCGUGCCGAGGCACAGAGGGCUCUGAGAGAAGCCAUGUCUCAAGUGUCAGAAUUGAAGGAAGAGGUGGAAAAUGAACGUGGGAUGAAAGAAAGGGCCGAGAAGCAGAGGAGGGAUCUGGGUGAGGAGCUGGAGGCCCUUAGGACGGAACUGGAAGACACACUGGACACCACAGCUGCCCAGCAAGAGCUCAGAUCUCGUCGUGAGGCUGAGUUGGGAGAGCUCCAAAGACUGGUUGAAGAAGAAACCCGGCGUCACGAAGCCCAGCUCUCUGAGAUGCGAGUGAAACACAGCGCUGCCAUCGACUCUCUACAGGAGCAGCUGGACAAUGCCAAGAGAUCCCGCCAGUCUCUGGAGAAAGCCAAGGCCAUGCUGGAAGAGGAGCGUGGAAACCUGACUGCUGAGUUGAAGACCCUACAGGGAGGCAAGAUGGACAGCGAGAGAGCGAGAAAGAGAGCAGAGGGGCAGCUGCAGGAACUCACUGCCCGCCUGACUCAAGCCGAGAGAGAGAGGGAGGAGAGGGAGGACAGGCUCCACAAACUCCAGAUGGAGAUCGACUCUCUGAGCAGCUCCCUGUCUUCAUCCGAGUCCAAAUCUCUUCGUUUGGGUAAAGAAGUCAGCAGCCUGGAGAGUCAGUUACAUGAUGCUCAGGAGCUGCUCCAGGAUGAGACCCGUCAGAAGCUGGCGCUGGGUUCCCGGGUUCGAGCUCUGGAAGAGGAGAAAGUUUCUGUGACAGAGAGACUGGAAGAGGAGGAGGGGAAGACCAGGGAGCUCUCACGCCAGAUCCAAACUUACACCCAACAGCUUGCUGAUCUGAAGAGACAGUCAGAGGAACUGAAUGCAGCAGUGGAAGUGGGAGAGGAGAGUAAAAGAAAGCUGCAGAGAGAGCUCGAAAACGCUGUGCUGAGAGAACGAGCCAAGGAUGAGGAGAAAGAACGAGUGGAGCGACAGAAGGAGCGUCUGAGAGAAGAGAUUGAGGACAUGACCAUCGCUUUACAGAGAGAGAGACAGAACUGCACAGCUCUGGAGAAGAGACAGAAGAAAUUCGAUCAGUGUCUGGCGGAGGAGAAGGCCGUGAGCGCUCGGCUGGCAGAAGAGCGAGACCGAGCAGAAGCUGAGAGCCGGGAGAAAGAGACUCGCUUCCUCGCUCUGUCUCGAGCGUUACAGGAAGCGUCUGAGCAGCGGGAUGAGCUCGAGAGGGCCAAUAAGCAGCUUCGACUCGACAUGGAGCAACUUGUGAAUGCCCAGGAUGAUGUGGGCAAGAAUGUCCACGAGCUGGAGCGUUCUCGACACGCUCUGGAGGUGGAGGCCCAGUCUCUGAGGGAGCAGACUCAGGAGCUGGAGGAGGAACUGACGGAGGCAGAGAACUCACGCCUUCGCCUGGAGGUCACGCUGCAGGCGCUGAGAGCUCAGUUUGAACGAGAGAUCAGCAGCAAAGAGGAAAAGGGAGAAGAGAAGAGACGAGCUCUCAACAAACAGGUGCGUGAACUGGAAACUCUGUUAGAGGAAGAGAAGAGUCAGAGAGCUCAAGCACUGACCAUCAAGAAGCAGAUGGAGGCGGAGCUGCAGGAGGCGGAGGCUCAGGUGGAGGCGGCUACUCGCGGCAGGGAGGAGGCGCUCCGGCAGCUGAAGCGACUCCAGGGUCAGAUGAAGGACGUGCUGCGGGAGCUGGACGAGACCAAGACAGCUCGAGACGAAAUUAUCGUCCAGUCGAAGGACAGCGAGAAGCGACUGCAGACCCUGGAGGCAGAACUUCUGCAACUGACUGAGGAGCUGGCCGUGUCUGAAAGGAUAAAGAGGCAGGCUCAGCAGGAGCGCGACGAGCUGGCUGAAGAGGUUCUCAAUGCCACCAGCGUAAAGGCGGCGCUGUGCGAUGAAAAACGCCGGCUUGAGGCCAGGGUCAGCCAGCUGGAGGAGGAACUGGAGGAGGAGCAGAACAAUGCUGAGCUCAUGACUGAGAGACACAGGAAGACCACACUGCAGGUGGAGACUCUGACAGUGCAGCUGACCGGGGAGCGGACUCUGGUCCAGAAGAACGAAGGGGCACGUGAGAGUCUGGAGAGGCAGAAUAAAGAGCUGAAGUCCAGGCUGACGGAGCUGGAGGCGGCGGUACGAGGCAAACAUCGCAUGAGUGUUGCCGCCCUGGAGGCCAAGAUCGAAAACAUGGAGGAGCAGCUGGAACAGGAGAGACAGGAGCGUACACUGGCCACCAAGCUUGUAAGGAAAACAGAGAAGAAACUGAAGGAAGUGGUGUUGCAGGUAGAGGAUGAACGGAGGCAUGCAGACCAGUACAGAGAUCAGCUGGACAAGUCCAUUGGCCGUCUGCGGCAGCUGAAGAGGCAGCUGGAGGAGGUGGAGGAGGAGAACUCUCGCACCAACGCUCAGCGCAGGAAACUACAGCGAGAAAUGGAGGAAAUGGGGGACAGCAUGGCGAGCAUGUCUCGGGAACUCAACACUCUGCGCUCGCAGCUCAGACGCGCUCCACUCCCUCUGUCGGUGCGCGGGAGCCGAAGAGCUCUGGUGGAUGACCUCUCUCAGGAGAACUCUGAUGUAGAAGAUCUCCCCACCUCACCUACGCCCUCCAGUGGCCUUCCAGGAACCCCUGUACCCCCUGAUAGUGCCCAGGGCCCUCCUCCUCCCUACAGCCUCACAGAUACUGAGUAAGCGGAGUGGAGAGUGGUGGGCAAGCGGUGGAAGGACAGACGAACGGAACGGAUCUAUAAAUGGGCACAGCGCAGGCUGUACUGAGUACAAUACCUCUGCAACAAAGACUGGAAUAGCUAAUAAAGAUGCACAUGAGCUCACGGAGAGGAGAUAAUACUAGUACUAGUACUACUGAAUAAUGUUUAAGGACUAAAUGUAACUUAUUUGAGUGUAAAACAGGCUGCUUUUUCUGCGUUUGGAGGAAAAUCGCAUCGAUAGUAUAUCAGAAAAGUCACAGUGCAGUGUAUAUCAGGCUUCAUGUGUCUGUCUCUUGAUUCAUAGGCCUUUAAUGACUUGUGCGAUCGUGUUAUGACGGCUAAAUCAAACCUAAGCGCUCUUUUGCUAGACCAUAAGCCAUGUAUUUAAGGGCAAUCUACAUGCUUAUUAAGGCAAUCACAAAAUGAUUGAUGAUCACUACACAUUUUAAAGGCAAACAAUGGCACUAAUUCUCAUUGGCUGGGCUUGCAUGAAUGAUUCUGCUGCAGUUUUACUUUCUGGCUUUCUCUCUCACACACACAAAUUAGUUUUAUAUUGGUUGUAUUGGGAAUUUUAAACAUUUUAAACAUGUGUUACUUUUCAAACUGAAGGAAUUGGAAGCUUGCGUUCACACCGGCCGAGUCAUCAUCGCCUGUUGGUGUUUCUAAAGGUGACCUUUGGUUGCCAGUCCUUUUUGCACAAAUCAGAUCUGUUUUAAAAUAAAAAUCCUAAUGGACAUUGCUUGCUAUGAAUUUCAUCCCUGCAUAGUCCAUCACUAUGAAAAGAAACUGCUAUUGUUAUUUGCAAUCGCUGCCGCCUAUUUUCCGGAUAUGAGACACCACAACAAUGUGUUUCUCUUUCAUCUCUAGUAGAAAUUAUUAUAUAGGAACCAAUAAAAAAGCAUACGGUGGGCGUGUAUCGCUCAUUGCUUAGAUCCCUUUGGAAUCAGCACAUCGCCAGUUCCGCCCACUGUGCCUCGCCAACGUUCGUGCUGCCUCCUGUCUUUGAAAAUCGCCGCUCAGGUGGUGCAGCGGUAAAACACACAAGCACACCAGAGCUGGGAUUUCGAAUACAUCGUAUCGAAUCUCAGUUCUGCCAACCGGCUGGGCUGGGCGGCUAUAUGAACAACGUUUGGCUGUACCUCAUAACUGGUGCAAUUACGAUCUCUGCUGGCUGAUUGAUGGCGUCUGCACAGAGUCAAAGAAUAAUGCCAAUCAGAGUGUGGCUCUCCGUACACAAGGCUUAUGGCAUGUGAACUCGACUCGUGCAGGUGAAAAAAUGCAGUCGGCUACUGCACAUGUGUCGUAGGGGACGUGUGUCAGUUCGCUCUCCUCAAUCAGGGGCAGGGGUCAGCACCAGUAGAGAGGAAGCAUGGCACUGUCUAUUUGCGGAAAUGAGACACCACGACAGUGUGCUUCUCUUCCAUCUCUAGUAGGAACUAUUAUUUAGGAACCAAUAAAGGAGCCUAUGACGGAAAUAUAUGUUUUGUUUGUUGCUGAAUUCCUAUUUGUUAUUUCGCCCACUUCGCCAAGUUUGUGCUGCUUCCCGUUGUCUAAAAUCACCAACUCUAAUUGAAAAUGUAUGAUACACAGUCGCUUUGCCGGUGUGAACGCAGGGUGAGUUAAUAUGAAACGACUCUACAUACGUAUUUCUGCACAGAUUGCACCUGCAAGUCAAAUAAAAGUGUGAGAGAAAAAAAUAUGUGAAUCUACUGUGAAAUAGCUACAAAUAUGAGCCAGGCAUGCUAGCUUUUACAUUUUCUGUAUAAAAGAAAGAAAAAUAAGAAGGUAGGACAGUUUUUUUAGUUUAAAAAAAUAAGAUUUAAACAAAAAAAAUGCAUCGAAG